CUGCUACCGCCGCCGCUCCCUCCCUGCAGCCUUGCAACAGCAGCCGCUGCCGCCACUGCCGGAGCCGCUCUCGGGGGCCGCUGGCCAGAGCGGAGUCUGGGAGGCGGAAGCCAGCUCGCCCACUGAUGGGAAGGGAGAAGGCUGGCCGCAGGCGAGGGGGACACUGGCCAUAACUUCCGGACAACAUCCGCGCCCGGCGGCCACGGAAGGACCCGGGCAAGCAGCGAGAGCAGCGGCGGCGUCCUGCGAAGAAGGUGUUCCGUCCACAAUGGCAGCAGCGUUACCCAGGACCCUCGGAGAGUUGCAACUUUAUCGCAUACUGCAGAAAGCCAACCUCCUAUUCUACUUCGAUGCCUUCAUUCAGCAGGGAGGAGACGAUGUCCAGCAGUUGUGUGAGGCGGGUGAAGAGGAGUUCCUUGAGAUCAUGGCCCUUGUUGGCAUGGCUAGCAAACCUCUUCAUGUCCGAAGACUGCAGAAGGCUUUGAGAGACUGGGUCACGAAUCCAGGCCUUUUUAACCAGCCUCUUACUUCCUUACCGGUCAGUAGCAUUCCAAUAUAUAAAUUACCGGAAGGGUCUCCUGCUUGGUUGGGAAUAUCUUGCAAUAGUUAUGAAAGGAAUAGUAAUACACGGGAGCCUCACUUGAAGAUUCCAAAAUGUGCCGCCACCACGUGUGUUCAGAGCGUGGGUGCUGGCAAGUCCGAUGGGGUGGGAAGCUUACCACUGCAGAGCGGCAGUGAACAGAGACUAUGGCAAGGACACCACACUACAGAGAGUGAACACAGCCUUUCCCCAGCUGACGUUGGCUCUCCAGCCUCACCAAAGGAAAACACGGAAACCUUGGACGCGGCGGCAGCUCUGUCGGUGACCGAGUGCGUUGAGCGCAUGGUUCCCACCCUCCCCAAAAGUGACUUGAAUGAAGUGAAAGAACUGCUGAAAAUCAAUAAGAAACUGGCCAAGAUGGUUGGUCACAUCUUUGAGAUGAGUGACGAGGACCCUCACAAAGAGGAGGAGAUUAGGAAAUACAGCGCAAUAUAUGGCAGAUUUGACUCCAAAAGAAAAGAUGGCAAACAUCUCACCCUCCAUGAGCUCACAGUUAAUGAAGCAGCUGCUCAACUAUGUGUAAAAGAUAACGCACUGUUGACCCGAAGAGAUGAGCUCUUUGCACUGGCACGGCAAAUCUCUCGAGAAGUUACAUACAAAUAUACUUACCGGACCACCAAGUCUAAAUGUGGAGAAAGGGAUGAGCUGUCACCAAAGAGAAUUAAGAUAGAGGAUGGAUUUCCUGAUUUUCAAGAUGCAGUCCAGAGUUUUUAUCAGCAGGAUUCAGCCAAACUACAACAGGCUUUGUCCAAAGGGAAAUGUGAAGAUCUGGCCGCACUUGGCUUACAACCUGAAAGGAUGAUGGCCAAGCAGAUGGAGUUCCUUUGCAACCAAGCUGGUUUGGAGAGACGCCUUUCCACAGGUCUUUACAGGCAAAGCUCAGAAGAACACAGUCCUAAUGGCUUGAUGUCAGAUCAUGGUGAUGGCCAAGGCGAAAGGCCCUUAAAUCUACGCAUGGCAGGUCUACCAAAUAGACACAUGCCACACAUUUCAUUGGAAGGAGAGCCUCAUGUAGUGAAACCCCUCUGCAGUGACUUGAGCCGGCUGUAUGCCAGCACUGAGGCAAAGUCACAGCCUACAGAAGGUCUUGGUAUCCUAAAAGAUUUCCCUCACUCUGCUUUCAAUAGCCUCGAAAGGAAGGUUAUAAAGACAGAGCCAGAAGAUACGAGAUAGCCAUACUGCAGUUGAAAAUAAGUUAUUUAAGAAAGUUUUGAAUGAGAAACAAAACCAGCCUUAAUAACCAGUGUUGCCUCAUUGAAAUAAGAGAUUUUAUAGCCAAAGCCUAAGAAAUGGAACCGUCAUAUUGAAGAACUGACAUACAAAAAGUCCUUUUGGAAACUGAAACUGUAAUGAGAAAUGGGUGCAAACAUUAUGAAACAUGGCUUCAUAAUAUGGGAAGGGUUCACAAACUAAUACUGUGGGUCCUUGUUAUUUAAGAAUGUAUUAUGUAUUUGUAUAACUUGAAAGAAAAACCUUAGGUGUCAGAAUGUGCGUUAAGUCCAGUAGAUGUGACUGCGAUAAUUUUUACUUGAAGAUUCAGCAUCUACUUUAAAUGUAGACAGGACAGGAGUCUGAUUUUUUAAAAUCCUCCUUUUGGG